AUGAUCCAAAGACGUUUGUUAACAUUUUCACUUUUUUUUUGCUUCAUUUCAACGAAGGAUUUAUCGGAGGGGAAUCCAUUGAGGCAAUAUCUCUUCACAAAUCGACAUGAGGAUUUUGAGCCACCAAAGCGAGAAUACCCACGAACAUUGCGGUGUUUAUCAAUGAUUUCCGAUGAUGAAUUAGGUGUCGAAAGAGAGGUGGAUUGUACGGUUGAUGAUGAGGAUGAGGAACACGCGCCUGUUUGUGCGCUUUCCCUUCACAAGGGUGGUGUCCGGCAAACAUACUGUAUGCGGUAUCAAGAAGAAUUAAUGCUAUCAAAUAAAUGCCAAGAAUCGGAAUGUGUCCUCUCCGCGACUCAAUCAACAAUCCAAUUUUGCUGUUGUUUCUCGGAUCGUUGCAAUUAUCAAUAUCGCACAGAA